AGUAGUAGUAGCAAUUAUAGUAGUAGCAGCAGCAGCAGCAGCAACAGCAGCAGCAGUAGUAGUAGUAGUAGUAGUAGUAGUAGUAGUAGUAGCUCGUCCUCUUCCUCGUCCUCUUCCUCCCCUUCCUCAUCCUCUUCCUCCUCUUCCUCCUCCUCUUCCUCCUCCUCUUCCUCCUCCUCUUCCUCCUCCUCUUCCUCCUCGUCCUCUUCCUCGUCCUCUUCCUCGUCCUCUUCCUCGUCCUCUUCCUCGUCCUCUUCCUCCUCCUCUUCCUCGUCCUCUUCCCCGUCCACUUCCUCUUCCUCCUCUUCCUCCUCUUCCUCCUCUUCCCCGUCCUCCUCCUUCUCCUCCUCCUUCUCCUCCUCCUUCUCCUUCUCUUCCUCUUCCUCGUUCUCUUCCUCCUCCACUUCCUCUUCCUCCUCUUCCUCGUCCGCUUCCUCCUCUUUCUCGUCCUCGUCCGCUUCCUCCUCUUCCUCGUCCUCGUCCGCUUCCUCCUCUUCCUCGUCCUCUUCCUCGUCCUCGUCCUCUUCCUCCUCCACUUCCCCGUCCACUUCCUCGUCCACUUCCUCUUCCUCUUCCUCCUCCUCCUCCUCUUCUUCCUCCUCUUCC